GUCUGCAAUGUGCAUUGUUCCCACACCCCAAGCCAAAGUGGGACCUGUGGGUUCAAGAGGGGAUGUGUAAUCUGGGGGCUGGGAGAAGGGGAGCGGAGGCCCCAGUCCCUCCCUGAACCCCCACUCAGCCACGCAGAGCUGCUAACCCUGUUUCCCCCAUUGCUCAGAUGUAUGGCCGGUACACUCAGGACCUUGGGGCUUUUGCCAAAGAGGAGGCUGCUCGGAUCCGCCUGGCAGGGCCGGAGCCCUGGAGGAGCCCGCUGUCCCCUCCAGCUCCCCUGGAACUCCUCGAAUACGGACAGAGCCGCUGUGCCCGGUGCCGCAUCUGUUCCGUACGCUGUCAUAAGUUCCUAGUAUCCAGGGUUGGUGAAGACUGGAUCUUCCUGGUCCUGCUGGGGCUCGUCAUGGCGCUGGUCAGCUGGGCCAUGGACUAUGCCAUUGCCGCCUGUCUGCAGGCUCAGCAGUGGAUGUCUCGAGGCUUGAACACCAGCCUCUUGCUCCAGUACCUGGCCUGGGUCACCUAUCCUGUCGUCCUCAUCACUUUCUCAGCUGGAUUUACACAGAUCCUGGCUCCUCAGGCUGUCGGGUCCGGCAUCCCCGAGAUGAAGACCAUCUUGCGGGGCGUGGUGCUAAAGGAAUACCUCACCCUCAAGACCUUUGUGGCUAAGGUCAUCGGGCUGACCUGUGCUCUGGGCAGUGGGAUGCCCCUUGGCAAAGAGGGCCCUUUUGUACAUAUCGCAAGCAUGUGUGCUGCGCUGCUCAGCAAGUUCCUCUCCCUCUUCGGGGGCAUCUAUGAGAACGAAUCCCGGAACACAGAGAUGCUGGCCGCUGCCUGUGCCGUGGGAGUGGGCUGCUGCUUUGCAGCACCUAUCGGAGGUGUCUUGUUCAGCAUUGAGGUCACCUCCACCUUCUUCGCGGUGCGGAACUAUUGGCGGGGCUUCUUUGCUGCCACCUUCAGUGCCUUCAUCUUCCGGGUCUUGGCGGUCUGGAACCGUGAUGAAGAGACUAUCACUGCUCUCUUCAAAACCCGGUUCCGGCUUGACUUCCCCUUUGACCUCCAGGAGCUGCCAGCCUUUGCUGUCAUUGGUAUUGCCAGUGGCUUUGGGGGGGCGCUCUUUGUCUACUUGAACCGGAAGAUUGUCCAGGUGAUGCGGAAGCAGAAAACCAUCAACCGCUUCCUCAUGAAAAAACGCCUGCUCUUCCCGGCUCUCGUGACCCUGCUCAUCUCCACGCUGACCUUCCCCCCUGGCUUGGGGCAGUUCAUGGCUGGACAGCUCUCACAGAAAGAGACGCUGGUCACCCUGUUUGACAACCGGACAUGGGUCCGCCAGGGCCUGGUGGAGGAGUUAGAGCCUCCCGGAACUUCACAGGCCUGGAGCCCUCCACGUGCCAAUGUCUUCCUCACCCUGGUCAUCUUCAUUCUCAUGAAGUUCUGGAUGUCGGCACUGGCCACCACUAUCCCAGUACCCUGUGGGGCCUUCAUGCCUGUCUUUGUCAUUGGAGCAGCAUUUGGGCGACUGGUGGGCGAAAGCAUGGCCGCCUGGUUCCCAGAUGGGAUUCACACGGACAGCAGCACCUACCGGAUUGUGCCUGGGGGCUAUGCAGUGGUGGGAGCGGCUGCACUGGCAGGAGCAGUGACACACACGGUGUCCACGGCUGUGAUCGUGUUUGAGCUCACAGGCCAGAUCGCCCACAUCCUGCCCGUCAUGAUCGCCGUCAUCCUGGCCAAUGCUGUGGCCCAGAGCCUACAGCCCUCACUCUACGACAGCAUCAUUCGAAUCAAGAAACUGCCUUAUCUGCCUGAGCUGGGCUGGGGCCGCCACCAGCAGUACCGGGUGCGAGUGGAGGACAUCAUGGUACGAGAUGUUCCCCAUGUGGCCCUCAGCUGCACCUUCCGGGACCUGCGGUUGGCCCUGCACAGGACCAAGGGCCGCAUGUUGGCCCUAGUUGAGUCCUCUGAGUCAAUGAUCCUCCUGGGCUCCAUUGAGCGCUCACAGGUGGUGGCACUGCUGGCGGCCCAGCUAAGCCCAGCCCGCCGGCGGCAGCACCUGCAGGAGCGGAGAGCUGCCCAGACUCCUCCGCCACCCGAUCAGGAGAGCCCCCCCAGCCCUGAGAGCUCAGUCCGCUUCCAGGUGAGCACAGAGGGCUCGGGCUUCCCUGCGGUCCGGGGGGACACUCACAAGCCCCUGAAGCCUGCUCUCAAGAGGGCGUCCAGCAACUCCAUGAGCCUCAGGGAGAGUCCCCCAGGGAACGUGGAGCAGGCUGGCAUCGCCCUCAGGAGCCUCUUCUGUGGCAGUCCGCCCCCCGACGCUGCUUCAGAGUUGGAGAAGUCGGAAUCAUGUGACAAGCGCAAGCUGAAGCGGGUCCGAAUUUCCCUGGCAGGGCAGGCCAGCUUUCAGGGCGGUGAGGGCCCGCUGAUGGCCCCUUCUCCCCUAACCCUCCUAGUCUCAUACCCUCAGAUUCUGGAGUGGGAGGAGCAGCAACUAGAUGAACCUGUCAACUUCAGCGACUGCAAAAUUGACCCUGCCCCCUUCCAGCUGGUGGAGCGGACCUCUUUGCACAAGACUCACACCAUCUUCUCACUCCUGGGAGUGGACCAUGCUUACGUCACCAGUAUUGGCAGACUCAUUGGGAUCGUUACCCUAAAGGAGCUCCGGAAGGCUAUUGAGGGCUCUGUCACAGCACAGGGCGUGAAAGUCCGGCCGCCCCUCGCCAGCUUCCGUGACAGUGCCACCAGCAGCAGCGACACAGAGACGACAGAGGUGCAUGCACUCUGGGGGCCCCGCUCCCGCCACAGCCUCCCUGGGGAGGGCAGCCCUUCUGACAGCGACGACAAGUGCCAGUGAAUUCCUCAGCAGGCAGCCUGGGGUGGCAGUGGCCUUGCUGUCAGCCCGGAUCCUACAGCUCUCCUGUCCCUUCUGCCGUGGGAAAGCAGGAGGCAGCUACAGCCAAAGGUUGGGGCCCCAGCCCCCCGUCCAGACCAGGGGCACCAGCCUCUUCCAGUUCCUCUGCUUGGAAUCUUGACACAGCACCCACCUGCAGUGUUCCAAGGGCAGGAAGAUCAGCACUGCCCUGGCGGGAUGGGGAUGGGGCGGGGUACCUGACCCCUGCUGCCCCUUUGAGGGGGAACGGGGUAGAACUAAGAUGGGUUUAUACUGGAACCUCCAAUGACCAGAUGUAUAUAGAGAUUUACAAAGAUUUUUAUAUUAAUUUAAUAAAACAAAUUCUUAAAUAGAACAAAAUAAACACCUAAUGAGCCACUUAUAUAGAGAA